UGCCUCUGCCCGAAUCUCGGUUCAUGUGUGCUGCUGCUGCUGUGUGUGUGUGAGAGAGAGUGUAUCCAGUGAAAAUUACCCGGAGACCGACUGGGAGACAGUUUUUCUGACCGUACCAAUGUGUAUAUAUCGCCUUAAAACCCGUCGGAAUCAUCUCAUGGACGUAACUGCGCGUCCAUAAUGAGGGAAUAAUCGGAGGAGACACAACGGCGAGGCUCGUCUGGUAGCUAACGUUUUUGUUGGAACUGCUGAGUGGGAGCACAGCUGCUGGCUACGAAAAAUGUCGGGAAAAAUAGAGAGCAAGCAAGACUCGCAGCGGUCCCAUCUGUCCUCCUUCACCAUGAAGCUGAUGGACAAGUUUCAUUCUCCCAAGAUCAAGAGGACACCAUCCAAGAAGGGCAAGCAACUGCAGCCCGAGCCAGCAGCCAAGAGUACUGAAAAACCUACCAACAAGAAGGUAAGCCGGCUGGAGGAGCAUGAGAAGGAGGUGGUCAGUGCCCUGCGCUACUUCAAGACAAUCGUGGACAAAAUGGUUGUGGAGAAGAAAGUGCUGGAGAUGCUUCCGGGUUCGGCCAGCAAGGUGCUGGAGGCCAUCCUGCCUCUGGUUCAGGUGGAGGUCCGGAUACAGCACAGUUCGGCGCUGUCUUCCUGCCACAAUCGGGUGUAUCAGAGUCUUGCCAACCUAAUCCGCUGGGCCGACCAGGUGAUGCUGGACGGCAUCGACCUGGAGGACAAGGAAAAUGUGGCUUCAGUCACCAUCGUCAUCAAAGCAGUGCUGGACGGAGUAAAGGAGUUGGUGAAGCUGACCAUAGAGAAACAGGAGCAGCCGUCGCCCACCUCUCCUAACAAACCAGCACCACCUGCUACCACAGCAGAGAGCAGCGUGUCGUCAGAGAUGCCCUCGAUAGAUCGGGAGCAGGAGGUCUCCAGUAAGACGGCUCCAGCAGCUGCUCCUGCAGAGGCUGCCUCCGACGUCCAAGAUGAGGACGUCGCCCCUCCCAAACCCCCUCUACCUGAAGCCAAGAUGGCUGAACUCAGAGCACAGUUGAGUGCUGACGCUGGCCAAAGGAGACCCUCUCAGAAGGAGAAUCCCCCACCGGCUCUUCCUCCUAAGAAGCGUCAGUCUGCCCCCUCGCCCACACGAGUCGCAGUGGUCGCCCCAAUGAGCCGCGGCUCCAGUCUGCCCUGCAGCGUCCACAGACAGCAGCAGGACUACGAGCAGGAGUUCCUUCAGAGGCGUUUCUCCGGUGGGAGCCAGUCCUACGGGGGCGACUCUCCGCGCCUGUCUCCGUGCAGCAGCAUGGGCAAACUCAGCAAGUCGGACGAACAGCUCUCGUCCAUGGAGCAGGACAGCGGUCAGUGUUCUCGUAACACCAGCUGUGAGACGCUUGACAACACAGAGAAUUACGACCCAGACUAUGACUUCCUCCACCAGGACUUGUCAGUAGGGGAAAACCUUCCCCCAAUACCUGUAGGAGGAUGUCUGAGCCCCCUGCCCGAGUCUCACAGCGAGUCCUCAUCCCCGGUCCCCGGACAGCACCCCACACAUCCCCGCUUCAGCGCACCUCCGCCCCAGCAGCCACCGGAAUACUGGACCCCGCAGCCCAAUCAAACCAAUCCCCUACUGUCCCGCAUCAGUGCCCCCCCUGCCCUGCCCCAAAAGAAGCGUCGCAGCACCCAGUCAUUGCCCUUCCCCGACGGAGGAUCCCGCGUGCUUUACGAGCGCUUCCCUUCCCAUUACGACAACCUGUCGGAAGAGGAGCUGCACCCGACGCCGCCGUUCCCACUUCUCACGCCCAUCUCGCCCAUGCCUCAGACGAACGGGGGCGUGUUCGUCGCGCAGUACAUCGCCAGCGAGUGUGCGGAUGUCCCAUCAAGUCCACCGCCUCUGCCUGAGAAGAAAAGCAGACACAUCCUCCAGUACAUGCAGUUUGUCGAAGACUACUCGGAGCCCCAGCCCUCCGUCUUCUACCAGUUGCCGCAGAGCGAGAGCAUCUACGAGCAGCGCAACAAGCGCUUCCAGGAGGUCUACCGCUUCAACGACUCCUUCAGCAGCACCGACUCAGUCCACGAGCCGCUGCUGCCGCCGGCGCUGCCCCCGAAACAAAGGCAACUGGCCUCCCACACUUCCUCCCCCUCUUCUUCCUCUUCUUCCUCUCUCUCCUGCCACCUCCAGCCGUCUGUAGCGGCGAUGGAGGAGGCGGGCUCUGGGCUGGGCCUCAGCAUGUCCGUUUCUAACUCCUACCUGAUUGGACAGGCGUCUUUGACCACGCCCACGAGCUUGGACCAGGUUGCCUUGACCAAUGCCACCAAUCUGGAUGGCGGCGGGGGCGGGCCCAACGGUUUGCUGGCCGGCUCAGUGGGCUCUGUGGCUGUCUGUCUUCCUUCUGAGACCUCUCUCACUGACUCUCUCCACACCUCAGCGAGCGAGAGCGCGAAUGACGAGGGCGGGGAGGGGGAGUACGUCAACUUGUACUCGUCCAACCAGGCCAACGGGGAGCUGUCUCUCUCCCUCAGAGAAACGAUCACAGCUGACGAUGUGCUUCAAGACCCCGCCCCUCAGAUGCCAAACAGCAACAGCAAAGAGGCUUUGGACAAGGAGCGGCGGCAAAAGUCGACAGAGUCGGCCGGGAGCGACGAGGAAGACGUGGACGAGCUCUCUCUCAUAGAUCACAAGGAGAUCAUGAGCAGGAUAACAUUAAAACAAGAAAAUGAUGACGGCCCUGACGUCCGUGCUGGAUCAGGAGAUAUUCUAUUAGUGCACGCUACAGAAACAGACCGCAAAGAUCUCGUUUUGUACUGUGAAGCCUUUCUGACUACAUAUAGGACUUUUAUAACCCCCGAGGACCUCAUUAAGAAGCUACACUACAGAUACACCAGGUUCUGCCACAGUCCAGACACCUUCAAGAAGCGAGUCAGCAAGAACACGUUCUUUGUGCUGGUCCGAGUGGUGGAUGAGCUGUGUUUGGUGGAGCUGACGGACGACAUCUUGAAGCAGCUGAUGGACCUGGUGUUCACGCUGGUGUGCAACGGCGAGCUCAGCCUCGCCCGUGUGCUCCGCAAGAACAUCCUGGACAAGGUGGAGCAGAAGAAGCUGCUACGAUACACUAACUCCCUCAAGCCGCUCGCUGCCCGAGGGGUCUCUGCAAGGCCGGGAACCCUGCAUGACUUCCGCAGUCACGAGAUUGCAGAUCAGCUCACUCUCCUUGACGCUGAGCUCUUCUAUAAAAUUGAGAUUCCUGAGGUGCUGCUUUGGGCCAAGGAGCAGAAUGAGGAGAAGAGUCCGAACCUGACUCAGUUCACAGAGCACUUUAAUAACAUGAGCUAUUGGGUCCGCUCUUUAAUAAUCCAGCAGGAGAAAGCUCAAGACAGAGAGAAGCUGCUUCUCAAGUUCAUCAAGAUAAUGAAGCACUUAAGAAAGUUGAAUAAUUUCAACUCCUACCUGGCUAUUUUGUCUGCCCUUGACUCCGCCCCCAUCAGGAGACUGGAGUGGCAGAAACAAACCUCAGAGGGAUUAGAGGAGUAUUGCACAUUGAUUGACAGCUCCUCCUCCUUCAGAGCGUACAGAGCAGCUCUGGCUGAAGUGGAGCCUCCGUGCAUCCCGUACCUCGGUCUCAUCCUCCAGGACUUGACCUUCGUCCAUCUGGGAAACCCUGACCUCAUCGACGGGAAGGUUAACUUCUCCAAACGCUGGCAGCAGUUCAAUAUCCUGGACAGCAUGCGGCGCUUCCAGCAAGUGCAUUACGAGCUGAAGCGCAACGACGACAUCGUCUGCUUCUUCAAUGAUUUCAGCGAUCACCUGGCGGAGGAGGCGCUGUGGGAGCUGUCGCUGAAGAUCAAGCCCAGGAACAUCACCCGGCGCAAGACAGACCGCGAGGAGAAGACCUAGGACUCCCUCCCUCCCACCCCAACCCCCGCUUGACUGAGACUGACCUCCAACUGUGCUUCAUGACACUAACUCCACUUUACUACAGACUGAGAGAAAGACGAAUGGAAGCUUUCCGCUAGAGCUAAUGGGAGACUCAAACGACAGACAAGUGAAGCGUGGCCGAGGUUUACAAAAGAGCGCUGCUGCUCCGGGAAAUUUUCAUUGGGAUUACUGUGGCUCUGGCAGGGGAGAGAUGGAGUGGUGGAACAAGAGGAAGCCUGGUGCCAAGGAGAAGAAGAAUCACACAGAGCGGACAGGGAGACACUACAGAAAUAACCAAAGUCUGCUCCCUGGGCUCUCUGUUUUAGAGUGGAGCUGUUGCGUGUGAGUGAGAUUGAGCUGAAUGGUCCAUUACCCUCAGAGUUGCUCCUUCCUUUUAUGUAUGUGCCAUUUGUUUGGUCAUCUUCUGAAACCCCCCCCCUCGAGUUUCCCCUCAAACAGCAGAACAUGGACGUGCCCUGAACUAUGACUCGCAAGCUGCAGACACAACACUCUGCUGAGGGAUCACAAGAGGGGGUUUGAACUUACAAAGAGGAUGACCGUUAGAGACUGAGUUUGUUUUAAGACAUUUUUUUUUUUUCUGUGUAAGAAUCAUGUAUGGUUAUGAAAUGUAUUAUAUACAGUGCUCCUUUUGUUCUCGAAAAGGAUGUUAAUGCUUAUGAGAAGAGCUAAGCUUCUCCCAAAGUGCCAUACAUAUGUGCACUCAAAAAAAAGCAAAGCAAAAAAAAAAAAAAAGACAAAAAGAUGAAUUACUAAAGAUGCUGUGAUCUAUGUAUGUCAUACUGAAUCAUCGUGUGCCGUGUUCAGGUGUAGAGAACCAUCAGGCAGUCACAAUCAUGUCCCCGUCACGUCGCCGUGUGAGAGCGUGUUUGUGAAGUGCGACCGAAGUCCUCAGAGGCUCGAGUGUUUGUCAUUCCAAAAAAUGUGCUGUAGAAAAAUCAUUUGAAUUCCUUUUUUUGGGGAGAUAAAAAACCAACACAUCACACUGUGCUAUCAAACACCAAUAAAACAAACAGCUCUGUUUCUAUACACAC